UUUUUUAACUUUGUUUUUCAGGCGAAGCUGGAGACAAAAGCACUGAAAGCGAAACGUCCAGGUUUCACGGACGACAGAUACAACGAAACAUCAUAUUACAUAGAAAAUGGCCUGCGGAAAGUUUACCCCUACUAUUUCACCUUCACGACGUUCACGAAGGGCCGAUGGGUCGGCGAGAGGAUUCUGGACGUCUUCGCCAGAGAGUUCAGAGCGCAUCCAGCUGAAGAGUAUCAGCGUUGCAUUCAAGCGGGAACGUUGACGGUGAACUACGAAAAAGUCCCGACCGAUUACAAGCUCAAGCACAACGACCUUCUAGCCAACAUAGUGCACAGACACGAAGUACCUGUGACAUGUCACCCAAUCACCAUUGUGCACAUGGACGAGGACGUUGUGGUUGUGAACAAGCCUGCCUCUAUUCCAGUAAGUUGGCCCCAAGACUGCCUUCUCUCUCUCUCUCUCUUUCUCUCAAUCUUUGUCUCUCUCUAUCUCUCUUUCUCUCACUCAAUAUGUAUAUUUGUACAUCAACUAUAUGUCUAUUUCGUACGAAUGAUUCAACUACGUUAUGAACUGAACCAUCGACGAUCAAAAAGUUCGACCUAACACACCCGAAUACAUCGCAACACACUCGAUGCCCAUAAUAUUAUUAUUGUUGUUUUGUUUUGUUGUUGUUGUUAUUUUUUUUUUAUAUGUUGUUUGCACGGAAAAACUAUCCAAAUUACCUCCUCCCACGUUCAAUCUGUUAGAAUAGAUCAAAGAAAAGACUAUAAGUCUAUUUCUCUCUC